GUUAAAUCGUCAUCCUCUCCGCCGAAUCUAAUCUACCGCUGUGGGAAAUCGAAAUCUGUGACGAUUCUCAACGUCUCCCACUUCUCUCUCACAUCGAAACCUUCUCCUCCGAAACCAGGUUUAGUAUCUAUGGGAAGGUACAGCUACAGCCAACCUUCAAGCUCGGAUCCGUAUGGUGACAGGGCUGACAGUGGGUACAGCGAGACGGAGGAGUUAAUCCGUCGUGACCAAGCUGAAAUAAGCUUGAAUUAUGGUGAAGUGGCUACGUAUCCUCCGCAACCCGAGGUGGAGUUCGGUUUCCCACACACUUGUUACUGUGGUGGCCAACCACGUUUAGCAACAUCAAGAACAAGCACCGAUCCAGGGAGACUGUACUACACAUGCGACCACGUUGAUGACGGCGACUGCCAUGUAUGGAAGUGGUGGGACGUAGCCGUGAUGGAGGAGAUGAAGGCGAGGGAAAACCAGCUAUUUCUAUUAGAGGAAAAGGUAGAUAAUCUUAACUUAAUGUCUGACCUUGAGACAGAGGAGAAGCUAGUUAAACUAGAGAAGUUAGUUGAGGAGAAAUUAGCUAAGAAAAAAUCUAGUGUUAUCGGUGGGGUUGAAGUAGUUAUUGGUGUAAUGCUCAUAGUUUUAGUUGUAAUAGGUCUGUUGAUCGCCUUUAAGUGAUGCAAGACGAUGGUUGCGAGACUUGGCUAUGUUAUGUAAUGUCGUAUUAUCAUCUUCAACUUUCCUCUACGUGUUAUCAGCUUUGUAUCAAUGCUAUUUUGUAAGUCGUGUUUUAGUACUUUUGAAUCAAUGCUAUUUUGUUUCUUUCCUCUACAAGUCCCGUGAUCUUUAUAAACCCCAUACCCGUGACCUUUAUAAAACUCCUUACCCGUGAAUUAUAAUCCAAAACAUCAUGAAAAUCCAAAACAUCACUCAUACCCGUGAAUCCACCCCGUGUAUAAUUUGAAAAGAAACACAACACGGGAAGACAUAUGGUUCUCUAUAAAUAUGAGAGAACGUUCGAUCAUUCAACAUAUACUCAUUACAAUUCUCUAAAGCAAUUUCAUCUACUCAUUUCAAUACUAUAAUUUUUUUUUCCCUAAAAAUGGCAUCUUCAUCUCAUUACCAUUACCACAAUAAUGAUGACAAUGAUGAUGAAUUUGAAUCUGUCUUUGAAGAUUUCUUAGAAAUCCCUGAUACUAUUCUGGAACCGAAAGAGCGGAAAAAACGUAUAUUUAUCGAGAGAGACCGGGAAGAAGGCCAUCGAAAGCUCUGGAAUGAUUAUUUUUCGGAAACUCCAACAUAUCCGCCCAAUAUAUUCCGGCGACGGUUUCGAAUGAGUAAGCCGUUGUUCAUGCGCAUUGUCCACCGUCUCUCUACGGAAGUUCACUAUUUUGCUCCUACACAAGAUGCACUUGGAAGGUCAAGUCUAUCACCGAUCCAAAAAUGCACGGCCGCAAUUCGUCAAUUAGCAUAUGGUGGUGGGGCCGAUACGGUAGACGAAUAUGUUCGACUUGGUGAAACAACAGCGCGGAAUUGCUUGCACCAAUUUACUGCCGCAAUUAUCGACUUGUUUGGCGAUGAAUACCUAAGACGUCCAACACCGGAGGAUCUUGAAAGACUACUACAUAAGGGAGAACAACGUGGAUUUCCCGGGAUGAUUGGAAGCAUCGACUGUAUGCACUGGGAGUGGAAGAAUUGCCCCACCGCUUGGCAUGGAAUGUAUUCACGAGGAACCGAUAAACCAACGAUUGUCCUCGAGGCCGUAGCUUCUUAUGACCUCUGGAUAUGGCAUGCAUUUUUUGGAGCUCCAGGUACUAUGAACGAUCUAAAUAUUCUUGAUCGAUCACCUGUUUUUGAUGACAUUAUUAACGGAGUUGCUCCGGAAGUCAACUUCCAUGUUAACGGAAGGGAGUACAAUUUGGCCUACUAUCUCACUGAUGGUAUUUAUCCAGAAUGGGCGACAUUUAUUCGAUCUAUCCGACUACCACAGGGUCCAAAACAUUCCCUAUUUGCUACAGCCCAAGAAUCAGUCCGAAAAGACGUUGAGCGUGCCUUUGGAGUCCUACAAGCUAGAUUCGCCAUUAUUAAAAAUCCAUCUAGUUUAUGGAAAAAAUCGAAGAUAGCCAAUAUUAUGAGAGCAUGUAUCAUACUCCAUAAUAUGAUUGUCGAAGAUGAACGACGUACAGACGAUCAAGAUGAGACGUUUCAAGAUCAGGAUGUUUCAUUUUGCGUUAAGAUGCCUACAGAGAUUUUUAGUUCACUUGAUCGUCGAGCAAGAGUUCGGGGUAGACCAGUCCAUCAACAAUUGAAACAUGAUUUGAUCGAACAUAUAUGGGAUAAAUUUGGACCUUAAAAUUAAAAUCGGUGACUUUUAUGUUAUUGUAAUUUUUUUUAACAGUAUCAGUAAUUAUUUUUCAACUUUGUA